AGGAAGUGGUAAAGGAAACUAGCUGAGUCGUUUUCUGAGAAGAGACCAUAUUUGUUCGCAGAGGAAGCCGUUACUUUUUGGGAUCUGGCUAGAGUAGAAAGACGUCGGCUUCAACAAAAGUGUUCCUGAGGCUAGCUGGGAAUUGGAAGAGCCCUAAGUCUGGAUUUGGGGUUCUUCUCUUUCAUGGGUGCAGUGCCUGUGCCCAGCUUGUGAGCUUCCUCCCAGUACAGCAGCCAUGGCACUGAAGAAUGUGCCCUUUCGCUCAGAGGUCUUGGCCUGGGACCCUGACAGCCUUGCUGACUAUUUCAAGAAGCUGAACUACAGGGACUGUGAGAAGGCCGUGAGGAGGUACCACAUCGAUGGGGCUCGAUUUCUGAACCUGACAGAAAAUGACAUCCAGAAGUUUCCAAAGCUCCGGGUGCCGAUUCUCAGUAAGUUAAGUCAAGAAAUCAACAAGAAUGAAGAAAGGAGAAGCAUUUUUGCACGCAAACCCCAGUUCCAGCCGUUUCCUGAAGAGACAGAGAACCAUGACGAGGACAACGGGGGCUGGUCGUCCUUUGAAGAAGAUGAUUAUGAAAGCCCCAAUGACGAUCCGGAGGGGGAGGACGAUGGUGACUACGAGUCCCCCAAUGAGGAGGAGGAGGAGGCGCCUGUGGAAGAUGAUGCUGAUUAUGAGCCACCGCCCUCCAAUGACGAGGAGGCACUGCAGAGCUCCAUCCUGCCUGCCAAGCCCUUCCCCAACACCAACUCGAUGUACAUUGACCGGCCUCCUGCUGGAAAACCCCCACAGCAGCCUCCAGUGCCGCCCCAGAGACCCAUGGCUGCUCUUCCUCCGCUGCCCGGUGCCCGGAAUCACUCACCAUUGCCCCCGCCCCAACCCAACCAAGAGGAGACCAGCAGAAGCCGAAACAACAAGCCAGCAAAGCUGCCUGCUCCAUCAAUAGACAGAAGCACAAAGCCUCCACUAGAUCGCACCUUAGCCCCGCUGGACAGAGAGCCCUUCACCACAGGAAAGAAGCCAACAUUUUCUGACAAGCCCUUGGCUCCAGGGGUGAGGACUCCGGGGGACCAUUUACCCAAGGUGCAGAAGCCUCUUUUACCACCAACUACCGAGAGACAUGAAAGAAGCAGCCCCCUGCCAGGGAAGAAGCCACCUGUACCGAAGCAUGGAUGGGGGGCAGACAGAAGAGAUAACGAUGAAGAUGAUGUGCAUCAAAGACCUUUGCCCCAGCCAGCACUCAUUUCUAUGAGCUCCAAUACUUUUCCUUCAAGAUAUACUAAGCCAAACUCCAAGCACUCCUUCCCACCAUCUCACAUGCCUGGAGCUUUCUCAGAAAGUAACAGCAGCUUUCCUCAGAGUGCCUCCCUGCCACCAUACUUCUCUCAAGGCUCCAGCAACAGACUGCCACUCAGAGCUGAAGGCAGAAACUUCUCCUUGCCAGUCCCGAGCAAACCUCAGCCACCAUCCCUGGGGGAGGAGGAGAAUUUAGAUGAAGAGUGGUAUAUUUCUUACAUUACCCGACCAGAGGCAGAAGCUGCUCUUAGAAAGAUAAACCAGGAUGGCACUUUUCUGGUUAGAGACAGCUCCAGAAAAACAACAGCCAAUCCAUACGUCCUCAUGGUAUUGUACAAAGAUAAAGUUUAUAACAUCCAGAUCCGUUAUCAGGAGGAAAGUAAAGUAUACUUGUUGGGAACAGGACUCAGAGGGAAAGAGGACUUUUUGUCUGUGUCAGAUAUUAUUGAAUACUUUAGGAAGAUGCCGCUUCUACUCAUUGAUGGGAAAAAUCGAGGCUCUAGAUACCAGUGUACACUAACACAUGCUGCAGGGUACCCAUAGCAAGCCAGCCAUGCACCCGCAGCUUCCUCUCGCUUUGGAUGGCAACAUGGGAAGAUUGGCCAACCUAGGUGAACAGACUGAAAGGAACCUGUCAACAUGAACACACCGGUUUUGCCCUUCCCUUUAUGAAGUGUUUGAAAUGAAGACUGUCCAAUAUCCUAUAAUUUAUUUAUUCUUUAAUGUUUGUACAAUACAAGGGUAAUAAUGUUCACAUAUGAAGUCUAGUAAUGCACUGAGGUACUUCAUGUAAAAAGGUAGACAUGUAUUUCUGAAUACCCAUUUCGAAGUACAGUAGUUUAUCCAGCUGCUGAAAUAAAUCGGGGCUGGUUUAAAAACACUUAGAUGAUAAGAGCUUUCAGUAUCAUAUAAAACUAUUUUAGUAUCAAACUUUGUUAGAGGCAAUUAUCAAUUUUUAUAUAAUUUAACAAUUACUAUAAUUCAUUUUCUCAGCAGUAACAAUUUAGGAGACUUCAAAAAUAUUUCAUUGUUUCUUGUGUAGUAUUUUUUGGUGGGGGGAUUUUGUGUACUUUUUUAUGACAAAAUAAAUGC